CCAUCCCUAAGGGGAACAAUGUCCUAUUAUGAGAAGCUACCACUUAUCGCAAUCUUACGCACAGGACGAAGGACUUCUGGAUCUUAUCUACCCACGCCGUCCAACAUUCUCCUUAGCAAUUAUUUUUCGGAAUCAAUUAAAUCCGAUUCUGUACGUACAGACGGUACAGUAAGCCAUUGCGGGGUGCUUAAUAAUCUCCUGACCGUAUAAUAUACAUCACCCCAUUUAUAUGGGUGAUAUAUAAGAGGGACAUGGAAGUAAAGUAUUAUUGCAUUCAAUCUCCAGUGUUCUUCGAAGAGAUUCUAGAGGUUAAUACCCCAUCAAAUUUUCUGCAAUGCCAUCCUACUCUCGUUCUGCUACCGCCCUAUGGUUCGUCCAAUCGGCUCUUGCGGCUCUUAUCCCAUGGGAAGAAUGGGAUCAUCAACUAGUUGCUCUUGAAGACUCUUCUAUUUUGUUUCACUACGCGGGAUCUGGGCCUCCGUUGCUUCUUGUUCAUGGAUUUCCUGAGCAUUCGGUAAUCUUUUUCUUUCCGUAAUGUUGAUGAUUUCUUGGUCAGAGUUCUUGAUUUAAAACUAACCUUCCUCAAUACUUAGAUAAUGUGGGACAGAAUUGGUCCUAUUCUCGCCCAGAACUACACUGUUAUUGCAGUAGACAAUCGAGGCUGCGGUGAUUCCUCUCUCGCUAUCUCCGGUAACUAUACCGCAUCCGCGGCUAGCGAGGAUCUUUAUGGUGUCCUCAAGUUUCUUAAUAUCACUGAAGCCUAUGUCGUUGGGCAUGAUAAGGGAGUCGGAAUUGUCACAGCACUAGCAGCAAAUCACAGAUCACUCGUAAAAAGACUUUCUAUAAUAGAAUACGCUUUGCACGGGUAUGACAUUUACGAAGCAGCUGCGACACCCUCCCACUCUUGGACUCUUCGGUCAAAUUGGCAAUUGGCUUUCUUCAGUCUACCAGAUGUGGCAGAAUAUUUCAUCAGGGAUCGAGAGAAGAGGAUGUUGUCUUGGUACUUUUACCAUGCAUCCUACACGGGCAACUCUGCCAUCACCGAAGAUCGCCUAAACAAGUAUGCGACAGCAAUUUCAAAGCCAGGUUUCCUCAGAGCUGGAUUUGAGUAUUUUGCCGCUCAAUAUCAAGAUGCUGAAUUCUUUACUUCGAGACUUGGCGCGAACCCUUUGACGAUACCGAUGCUUGUAAUGGGUGGCGAAGCCAGUUUCGGAGAUAUCGCUCUGUUGAAACAAGGUAUGGGGAUUGCGGGUACAAACGUUAUCUACGAUGUUGUUCCCAAGGCUGGGCACUGGAUUUGUGAGUCGUGAAUCCUCAUGGCGUUUGAUGUUUCGAUCCAAGCUGAUUCUGGGGUAGGUGAUGAAAAUUCGAUAUGGGUUGCCAAUCGCUUGGGAGAGUUCUUCCAGGCCGGUGAAGUUAUUCCCGCUGUAGAUCUGGGCUACCUCAAAAAUGUUGUUACCGUACCGCAACAAUUAGCAAUGGGUUUAACUCUGGGUGGCUGAGGCGAGUUCAGAAAAAUGGACUUGUAGUAGAUGGACUUGGAUAAUUCAGACGAGCAACAUUUGCGGUUUGGGGAGCAUUAGUUUGUUGUUAUUUUUUUAGAGUCACAGGGUUAAUGAAUAAAAUAGGUACCUAGGUAGCCCCCCCGGUUGUUUAAAGCCAAUCACGUGACUCAGAGACAAUAUUUAACUCCUUUUUAAGCGCCGCUUAAGCCUAGGCUAAGAUCUGGUGGCUAUUACGGCAGUCAUUCUCGAAUAAGAGGAGCCCAGUGACUAACUACCCUACUUAGCAGGCGAAAGCUGUCACCCAAACUAGGAUUUGACUCGUCCCAAGGCUUCUUUGUUUCUUGGGUCAUCCCAUCUCAUACAGUACGGCCCGGAUUACCAAGGUCCAAGAGCCACGCACUCAACUACUGUAAAGUAGGUAUCCGGGCCUACAACAACUGCAAGUGUCAGAACUCCAAUAUUUUUUGUUGAUUUUGUUUCGAGGAUUACUGUAUGUCUCAAAUCUCAUGUUUCGAGUAUUGACUGAGAGAAGGAUCCGAGCGAUUAUCCCAGAGAUGAUCAAUAUUGAGGAUGCGACAGAAAGGCUG